CACUGGCCAAACAGAGUAGUUUACUGCAUUAACUCUCUCCCUCUACUCUUUGUUGUGUCUUGCAAAUUGAAAUCGUUCCUUGUUGACUGUUUUGUUUUUGUCUAGUGUAUUAAUAAUUUCGAAAUGACUUCCGCCGUAAAGAAAAGGGUUUGCUACUAUUAUGACAGUGACAUUGGUAAUUAUUAUUAUGGACAAGGUCAUCCAAUGAAACCCCAUAGAAUAAGAAUGACACAUAAUUUACUUUUGAACUAUGGGCUUUACAGAAAGAUGGAAAUUUAUAGACCACACAAGGCAACUGCCGAAGAAAUGACAAAAUUUCAUAGUGAUGAAUAUAUUAGAUUUUUACGAAGUAUACGUCCUGACAAUAUGUCAGAAUACAACAAACAAAUGCAGAGGUUUAAUGUUGGUGAGGAUUGUCCUGUUUUUGAUGGGUUAUACGAAUUCUGCCAACUUUCUGGAGGUGGUUCUGUAGCGGCCGCUGUCAAGUUGAAUAAACAAGCGGCUGACAUCUGUAUAAAUUGGGGUGGUGGACUUCAUCACGCCAAAAAAUCUGAAGCUUCCGGUUUCUGCUACGUGAACGAUAUUGUUUUAGGUAUCCUUGAACUUUUGAAGUAUCACCAACGUGUUUUAUAUAUUGAUAUUGAUGUCCACCAUGGAGAUGGAGUUGAAGAAGCGUUUUAUACGACUGAUAGAGUUAUGACUGUUUCCUUUCAUAAAUAUGGUGAAUACUUCCCAGGCACUGGUGAUCUGAGAGAUAUUGGUGCUGGUAAAGGGAAAUACUAUGCUGUAAAUAUCCCAUUGCGUGACGGUAUGGAUGACGAAAGUUAUGAAUCGAUUUUUGUUCCCAUUAUCACUAAGGUCAUGGAAACGUUUCAACCAUCAGCGGUUGUCCUGCAAUGUGGUGCUGAUUCCCUUACUGGUGACAGGCUUGGUUGUUUUAAUCUCACUGUCAGAGGGCAUGGGAAGUGUGUUGAGUUCGUUAAGAAGUACAACUUACCAUUUUUAAUGGUAGGCGGUGGUGGAUACACAAUUCGUAAUGUAUCACGUUGUUGGACUUAUGAAACAUCAGUUGCUCUUGGAACUGAAAUAGCCAAUGAAUUGCCUUACAACGAUUACUUCGAAUAUUUUGGUCCAGAUUUUAAAUUACACAUUUCUCCGUCUAAUAUGGCAAAUCAAAAUACGCCCGAGUACCUAGAAAAAAUUAAGACAAGAUUGUUUGAAAAUUUAAGAAUGCUUCCACAUGCUCCAGGAGUUCAAGUGCAAAGUAUACCUGAAGAUGGUGUCGCCGAAGAAUCAGAAGAUGAAGAAAAACACAAUCCUGAUGAAAGAGUUCCUCAAGCAGUUGCUGAUAAAAGAGUAACUGGAGAUAAUGAAUUUUCUGAAAGUGACGAUGAGGGUGGCCGUCGUGACCAAAGAAGUUUUAAGAGGAAGAGGCCUCGUUUAGAAGCAGGUGUUCCAAUGGAAGCUGAUACAGCCUCCUCCCCUCAACCCAAAGUAAAAGAAGAAGAAAAAAUGGAAGAAGUAAAAAGUUCUGGAGCAACACCUUGAUCAAACCCAAAGCAGCGGGGGUCAAGCCCCUCAGAGACUUAAAAAGUUCUGUGAUCACAAUUAAUUGAAGGAUGAGAGCUCUUUCCAUUCAUAUCUGUACCUAUACUGACGUCAUAUCAGUCAUAGUAGGCUUUAUCAUUGAUCUCUAGUUCGCAAUAUAUCAUCCUUUAGCUCUCUGUUAAUACUUUGACUGUAUUACUCGCAUGUGUCAGUAUUAAUACUUUUUGUUUUGUACAAUUAAUUUAUAUAUAUAUUUGAUUGUAGAUUAAUUUCCAGAUUGAUAGUGAUAUGCAUAUACAUACUUAGUAUAUAUAUGUAUGACAUACGUAUAUAUAUAUAAAUAAUUGAAAAAAAAAUAGCAAUAUGUAUUUUUGACUCAAAUUGAUGUUGAUGUAUUUAGUCAGAAUAUAUAAUGGUUAUUUGUCUCCAUUUUUAUUCAGUUGACUUUUUAUUUUAUUAUCUUUUUAAUAACGAGUGUGACCAAAAUUUAUAAAGAAAAGCUCAAAUCAUUCCUUUCUUUUAAUACACCUCUGUACAAUGAAAUUUAGUUGUUAUAAGUUAGGGAAGAGCUCAAUUAUUUUUUACGUUUAGUUAAUUUAUUUAUUAUGCAGCAUAUAUUUUCCUGUUUUAUUUUUCUGCCAUUUUAAUACAUUUUUAAAUAUGAUAGACAAAUAAAAAUAGAGUAAUUGAAAUAAUUCUCUAUUUUACUACAUUAUUGUACAUGUUUCUUUUUAUAAUUGUCAUUCGUUCUUACUUGAUAGCUAGAAAUUGUGUAAAAGUAAGAUAUUUCCUAUAUUAUAUGUUCUGGUUAAAUUUUAAUCCUGUUAGAAUAUUGUAAUUGAGUAAGUUAGUUUUUUAUAUAAAUCUUCAUAUAAAUUGAUUCUGAUAUAUUUAUAUAUUUAUCAUAACUGAUAUAAAACUAUAAAAUAAGAAAAUAAAUCAAUAACUGGAAAGAAAUGAAAUAGUUCCAAUUAAAAAAAAAAGUCUUUUAUACCAAUGUUUAUUUACUACUACAACCUUGGUUGAAGACUUUUUUUUCUAACAAUGUUGGUAUUCUCAAGGUUGUUCUUUUAUAUAUAUCUAUUUUUGUUUCUUUUAUUUUAUUUUAUUUUUUAUCAUUUAAGGCAACUUGAUUGAAAACCUAACAAGUGUACAAAAACUGCUGUUACCAUUCGAAAGUUGUCUGGGAACAGAUUAUUAUUAUUAAAAAAUAUUAAUAAAUGACAUUUUUUUAUUAUUUGUGUACCUAUUACUUUUUAUUUUUUAAAUAAGAUAGUGAAAAAACCUUUCACUCAACUUCAAUCACACAACUUUCACUUACCGCUCUACUUUGAGUAGAAAUUAUUUUCUGGCAAUGUUAGGCUAACAAAACUUUUGAGGAGCAUUUUUAAUGGAGCUAAAGCUUAAACCUUACAGCUAACAAAUUACCAAAAGAGCAUAGAAAUAAAAAAAUGCAAUAAAAACCUCAAACUCCAUCUGUUUUUGUAAACCACAUAACUGCAUUCUCUGAACUAUGUUUGUCUAAAGAGAUUUGAAAGUACAUCUGUAUAUUUCAUUGGCACCGUAUUCAUGUAAGGAAAGUGAAAUAUUGGGCAGGUUAAGAUUCAUUACUUUAACAUCAUACUGACAAUUUAACCUGAUUUAAAAUGAUUAUGGGUUGCACUACUAUUAGUUAUUAAACUUUUAUUAUUCCAUUAUAGUUUACUAAAAUAGAGUUACGAGAUCUUCAUUGCCUAUCAUCUAUAGGACAAUAGUUGUCACACUAAUUGCAAGUAGAUAAUGUUAUUUCAUCAAAUUAUUCGUUAAUUUAUUUAUUAUUUUUAAAUGUUACUUGGUAAAUUUAAAGAAUAAACCGAC